GUCUCUCUAUCUCUCACUAGCCAAGACAGCAGCAGCAAGCCAGCAGAGAAGCCGAUUCCCCAAAUCGCCUCCCAAAUGCAAUUCCUCGCCUGAAGAAACCCUACCCCACACCGCCGCCGCCUUCGCCGCCAUGUCCCUGCCUCCGGUGGACCCGCCGGAGUGGCUGCGAACUCUGCCCGUGGCGCCGGAGUACCGCCCCUCCCCCGCCGAGUUCGCUGACCCAAUCGCCUACAUCCUCAAGAUCGAGCCCGAGGCCUCUCGCUACGGCAUCUGCAAGAUCGUCCCCCCGCUCCCGGCGCCGCCCCGCGAGGCCACCGUUCAGCGUCUCAAGGCCUCGUUCGCCUCUAAUGCGGCCGCCUCCGCCGUCGGCGACGCUGUCCCUACCUUCCCGACGCGGCUUCAGCAGGUGGGACUCUCCACGAAGAACCGCCGCGGCGCGAACCGCCGCGUCUGGGAGAGCGGCGAGCGCUACACCCUGGAGGCCUUCCGCUCCAAGGCGCGGGAUUUCGAGCUCCCGAGGCACGCGACGCCCCCGAAGCACGCGACGCCCCUCCAGCUCGAGGCGCUCUUCUGGGGCGCUUGUGCCGCUAGGCCGUUCAAUGUCGAGUACGGCAAUGACAUGCCAGGGUCUGGCUUUGUCAAGCCGGAGGAGCUGGAACUGGAGACCGGCAAUGCGGCGCCAGCGCCAAGGGACGUCGGUGAGACCGACUGGAACAUGAGGGUAGCUCCGCGCGCGCGAGGCUCUUUGCUGCGGGCAAUGGCCCGAGACGUAGCGGGCGUCACAACGCCGAUGCUGUACGUGGCGAUGCUCUACAGCUGGUUCGCAUGGCAUGUGGAAGACCACGAACUGCACAGCCUCAACUACCUCCACUUCGGUAAGUCCAAGACUUGGUAUGGAGUGCCCCGUGACGCCAUCCUCGCCUUCGAGGACGCUGUUCGCGUACACGGGUACGCGGACGACCUCAACGCAAUAAUGGCCUUUCAAACUUUAAAUCAGAAGACGACUCUCUUGUCUCCUGAAAUGCUUCUUUCUGCUGGAGUUCCUUGCUGCAGAUUGGUUCAAAACCCUGGAGAAUUUGUUAUCACGUUUCCUGGAGCUUAUCAUUCUGGUUUUAGCCACGGAUUUAAUUGCGGGGAAGCAACAAAUAUUGCCACGCCUCUCUGGUUGCAAGUGGCCAAAGAAGCUGCAAUCCGGAGGGCUUCAACUAAUUGUGGUCCAAUGAUAUCUCAUUAUCAGUUGCUUUACGAGCUAGCAUUGUCAUUACGUCAAAGGGAACCAAACGAUUUUCAUACUGUUCCAAGAAGCUCUCGGUUAAGGGCUAAGAAGAAGAAGGAUGAAGGAGAGAUAAUGGUGAAAGAAGAAUUUGUUGGUAGUGUAAUUGAAAACAACAAUUUGCUUAGUAUCCUUCUGGAUAAGAGUUCUUGUAUAAUUGUUCCGGAGAUUGUGAUUCCUCCUACAUCCUUUACUACGAUGAUGGAACCAGAUUUCAGUGUUAAACAAAGUUUGACAGGUGGUCACUGUAGUAUUAUCCGGCAGGCAGUGGAAAAUAUGUCUGUUGACGUGGCACUAGACAAACGUAUAAUGGUAGAGAACAUGAGUGGGUCUCAGUCUAUUACUGAAGCAUCUUUCUCUGCAUGCAACAGAAGGAAGGUUUAUGAAACAAAAUACGGCGAACUUGAUACUGCUGCCUUUAGUUCAUCAACAUCCAAGGUGCAGAAUGGAAUAAUUCAUAAAGAUAUAUCACCUUGGGGAGGUGGGCUCUUAAAUCAAGGGCGGUUGCCAUGUGUUCAGUGUGGCAUAUUAAGCUUCGCUUGUGUAGCCAUCAUUCAACCUAGAGAAGCGGCAGUUCAGUUUGUCAUGUCUGGGGAGGACAUUCCAUUGAGUGCAAAACUUGGAGAAGUUAGUAAAUCAGAUGACACCUCGAAUUGGAUAACUGAAAAUUGUGAGAUGGUUCCUCAGCAAGGACAAGCUUCUGGAAUACGUGGGGUAAGUUUAGCCCAAGUUUCUGAUCGGUGUAGACAACUAUACAGCAGAAACAACAAUGGGUGCACCUCUGCUCUUGGGCUUCUAGCUUCUGCAUACGAAUCAUCAUAUUCUGAUGAGGAAAAAUCUGAUAAUGUAUCCACUGAUAGCGAGAAAAAUGAUUCAGCAAACCAAGGCACUGAUAUUCGGUUCUUGGAAACAUCAGUUAGCUUCUCGAGUACGGUUCAAUGUCAAAGGGAAAAUUUGCACCUGUAUGAAGAGGGUUGUGAAGCCAGAGCCACAGCAUCUAUGAAAAGUAUAGAGCAUAACAGUAGGACAAUAACUCGAUCCACUUGGGACACAGGUAUCAACCAUUUUACAAAGCUUGGAGAGCAAGGAACUCCCUAUGAUCAGUGUUCUGUGUAUGUUGAUUUGGGUAAUGAUCUAACCAUAUCAGGUGUAACAGCCUCUCUGGAUACUCAUGUAAACACAGUUAAGCCUUCAGUUGAACCAGAUAUGUUGACCAAGCUCAAGUACAACAAAGAUUCUUGCAGAAUGCAUGUCUUUUGUCUAGAACAUGCUUUGGAAACAUGGACAAAACUUCAAAAAAUCGGUGGUGCUAACGUUAUGCUUUUGUGUCAUCCGGAAUAUCCUAGAGCAGAGUCAGCCGCAAAAUUCAUAGCAAAAGAACUUGGUUUGAAGCAUGAUUGGAAAGAUAUAAAUUUUGAAGAAGCGGCCGAAGAUGACAUCAGAAGAAUUCAGUUGGCUUUGCAGGAUGAAGAUGCUGAACCUGCAAGCAGUGACUGGGCAGUUAAAAUGGGCAUCAGUAUAUAUUACAGUGCAAAACAGAGCAAAUCCCCACUUUACAGCAAGCAGAUACCAUACAAUUCCAUAAUUUACGAAGCAUUUGGCCAAGAAAACCCAGACAACGUGAUAGAAUACGGACGACAAAGAUCAGGCGCGGCAAAGAAAAGGGUGGCUGGAUCAUGGUGUGGGAAAGUCUGGAUGUCAAACCAAGUACAUCCAUUUUUAGCUUGUGGGCGUGAAGAACGGAAUCAUGCCAUGGUUUGGAGCAAACCGAUGUUUGGUGCUAAGUCCCAUGACAAAAUACAAGAGGAACGAUCGACUAAAUGUAAUGCAGUGAUCAACAGUAGCCCAUCAAAAAGACCCAGAAGAAAGGGAGGGGACUCUAUUGAAAAAUCUGGAGCCCAGAAGAAGAGAUGCUCUGCCAGUGAUGAAACCACAUUGCAUCGCAGUAGUCGUUGUAUGAACUCUGGAACCAUCAGUGAUCAGCCUGGAAACUUCAAUGACCAUGAUACUAAGCAUAAAGGGGUUGAAAUCGUGGAAGCACCAAGCACUCAGCGAUAUCAACAACAUACCUUGCAAAGCAUGAUCACAGAGUUAAGUACUAACAAGCAAAAUGAUGAUAAAAGAAACAACAAUUUUCAUGAACUUUACGAUGAAGAUAAUGAUGUGGACUGCUGGCUUAACAUAGAUGCUGGAGAUAAUGCUGCAAUAGGAAACUUGGAAGAGGUUCAAGACCAAGGACUUCAUGCUGUGAAAGCUAAAUCUCCAGGAUCAUUGCAAGGUAGUAAGAGAAAAUCCAGCAAGGGCAAGGGGAGACAUGAUUCUUUGAAUGGAUAUAAGAAAGUGCAAAAGAUGAACAAGAAAUCAAUUUGUUGGAAGCAAAAAACUAUUGAGAUAAAUAGACAGUUUCAAGAAGAUUACAAUGAAGAUAACACCCUGGACAAUCUGCUUAAUGUAGAGCGCAUAGGGGAAGCCGCCAUAGACAACUGGGAUGAAGUUUUAGAAGAAAAAAGUGAUGAUGUGGUGGUGGAAUCUAGAGGCAAAAGGCGUGGUAAGGAUGAUAAAAGAAGCAGCAACUCUAAUGCACUACACGCUGAGGAUAAUGAUGUGGAGUGCUGGCAUGACAUACAUAGUGGAGAUAAUGCUACAGUAGGGAACUUGGACAACAGUCCACAACAAAGACUUGAGGCCGUGAAAGUGAAAUCUGGAUGUAAAUUGGAAUGCUGCAAGGGAAAAUCCAGUGAGGGCAAAGCAAAUUAUUAUUUUUUGAAUGGAGACAAGAAAUUGCAAAUGGUGAACAUAAAGUCAAGCUCUAGGAAGCAAAAGAAUGAUGGCAUAACUGGAAAGUUUGACAAAGGUCACGGCGAAGAUAAAGCUGCGCAGUAUUUGCUUAACGAAGAAUAUGAAGACACACAAGAUAGCUGGUACGAAGUUCCAGAUGAACAAAUGGAUGAAGUAAAAGUGAAUUCUCGAGGCGAAAUUCCAGAUGAACAAAUGGAUGAAGUAAAAGUGAAUUCUCGAGGCAAAAUGCAAACUGGUAAAAGGAAAAUCAAACGCCAAGCAGGUGAUAAUGCAGCAGCAUUUCCGUGUGAUAUAGAAGGGUGUGACAUGAGCUUCAGCACAGAGCAGGACUUGUUGUUGCACAAGCGUGAUAUCUGUCCUGUUAAAGGAUGCAAGAAAAAAUUCUUCUGCCAUAAAUACUUGCUUCAGCACCGCAAAGUGCAUAUGGAUGAAAGGCCACUCCAAUGUGCAUGGAAGGGCUGCAACAAAACAUUCAAGUGGCCAUGGGCGAGGACAGAGCACAUGAGGGUACAUACCGGGGUAAGACCGUACGAGUGCAAGAUACCUGGCUGCGGUCAGACAUUCCGGUUUGUGUCAGAUUUCAGUCGCCACAAGAGAAAGACUGGCCAUUUCAGUGACAAGAGAAAUAAGGAGAUCACAUAACUUCUACCCCCUGUGCAUGAUCCGAAGGGGAUGCUGAUUGUAUAAUUACAUCAGAUUUCAUUUAGUGUCGAUUAACCUGUGUUAGGAGUCUAAUUCAUUUCAUUGUUUACUGACUCUGAAUAACGAGUCAAUUUUUCGAUUGCUUUAGGUCCAACUGGCCUCUAGUUUACUAGGUUUAUUGUACUCCAGUAGACCGUGAAAAACUUGGAGGUUCCUUCUGUCAGCAUGGUCGAAUUGACA